CCAUCUUUGCGGCCGCGUCACUUCCGGUUCCGGAGCGCUCGCGGUUUGUCUGGUCGGGACGCGCCUGGGCACACGGGUGGCCAGCCAUGAUCGAAGUCGUGUGCAACGACCGUCUGGGCAAGAAGGUGCGUGUGAAAUGCAACACCGAGGAUUCCAUCCGCGACCUGAAGAAGCUGAUCGCGGCGCAGACCGGCACCCGCUGGGACAAGAUCGUGCUCAAGAAGUGGUACACCAUCUUCAAGGACCACGUCACUCUGGGCGACUAUGAGAUCCACGACGGCAUGAACCUGGAGCUCUAUUACCAGUAACAGCCGCCGCAGCCGUUGCUGCCCCCCCCCCGCCCCCCGAUGCCCCCCGUGGGACCCCCCCCAAUUCCCCUUUACCCUCCCCCUCCUCUCCCCCUCCUCAGUGUAUCUGAGCUGGAGCCACGUAGAGGCUCCGACCCUGCUGUUGCAGCCCUGGAGUGUUGAAUUGGUUUCUAAUAAACGUGUUUCUGGAG